GGCCGCCCCCUCGGUGCGCAUCCGCCUUCCGGGUCGGUCCGCACCGAAGCGAAGCGAAGCGAAGUGGGUCGAAUCGGGGCGAUCCGGAGCGGGGCGAGCGCAGCCGGAGGGGCUCGGGGCGAGCGAUGGGGCAGAUCGAGUGGGCCAUGUGGGCCAACGAGCAGGCGCUGGCGGCCGGGCUCAUCAUGCUGACGGGCGGGAUCGUGGCCGUGGCGGGGCAGUUCAAGGGCUGGUACUUCGCCGUGUACGCCAUCGCUGCAGGCGUCCUGGUCUGCCUGCUCGAGUACCCCAGGAGCAAGAGGAAGAAGGGCUCCACCAUGGAGAGGUGCGGCCAGAAGUACAUGACAGCGGUGGUGAAGCUGUUUGGGCCCCUCACAAGGAAUUACUACAUCCGCGCCAUCCUGCACGCCGCCCUCGCCGUCCCCGCCGGCUUCCUCCUCUCCACCAUCCUGGGCACCGUCUGCUUGGGCAUCGCCAGCGGCAUCUACCUGUUGGCCGCGGUGCGGGGGGAGGAGUGGAGCCCCAUCGAGCAGCAGCCCCGGGAGCGGCCGCACGUGUGGGACACCAUCAAGCGGCCCCCCAGCAACCCCCCGCCACGGCCCCCCCCGGAUGCCCGCAGGAAGCAGCCGGCAGAAGGGGGGGGUCAGGUGAACCCCAUCCCUGUGGAGGCUGAGUGAUGGAUGGGGGGGACCCUCCUGCUGCUGCUGCUGCUGCUGCUGCUGCUCGUGUUCCUGCUUCCCAUGUACUGCGGCUCCUGGGGGGGAAUGGGGUGCUCAAAGCAGGGGGAUCCCCAUGUGCCCGGGGGUGCUCGGGUCCCUGGGGGGGGGUCCAUAGCUCCUGGGGAUGCCCAAAUGCAUGGGGAUCAUCAGUUCUCCUUGGGGUUCCUGGGGGGUCCACAAAUCCACAGGGAUGCUCAGGUCCAUGUGGGGUGUCCAAAUCCCGGGGGGGCUCCCAUCUCCUGUGGAUCCUCAAAUCCUAAGGGAUGCUCAGUUCAAUGAGGCAUCUCCAGCUUCCAUGGGUUCCCCAUCUCCUGGGGAUCCCCAGAUCCACAGGGAUGCUCAGCUCCAUGAGGGAUCUCCAGUUCCCAGAUGCUCCCCAGAUCCCCAAAUCCCUGGGAAUGAUUAGUUCCCCUUGGGCUCUCCAAGGGAUCCCCAAAUCCUCAGGGAUCCUCAGCUCCUUGAGGGGUCCCAGCUCUCCAAGCAGCCCCCAGUUCCAUAGGGGAUCCCCAGAUCUCUGUGGAACACCAGCUCCCCAGGGGAUCCCCAUCUCCCUUGGGGGGGAUCAGGCAGCUCUGCUCCACACUGGCUCUCGCUGCUUUCUGUCACAUCUGCAGUUGCAAUAAAGGUUGGGAAAGGCA